AUGUCGCGCAUCUUAUCUCUGUGCCUGCUCCUUGCGGCACUCGUCGCGCUGGUCACGGCGGGGGCACCGACAUUCUGCAAGUGCACAUGCUUCAAGAACAGCACCAUCAUCCCCUUGGGACCCGAGCACGCCUCCGAAGGCUCAGACGCCUUGCCCCGCCGAUCCAUCGACCUCGGGGAUUUCCAGAUCGAACCGCGCACCGCAUCGACGUCCUGCUCCGAGUGCACCAAGAGCUUCUGCCUCGGGCAGGGCAUCGACAUCUGCGAGGAUGCCACCGAGGACGACGUCAUGACCAUGUGCUUCCAGCGCGAUAGCAACAAGGACAAGAUCAUUGUCUGGGGCUUCAUCAUCGGUGUCGUUGGGCUGCUCGGCUGGGCGCUCUUCCGGAAAGCCAGGACGUGGCGAGAAGAGCGGUCGUUUGCGAGGCAAGACGUCAACUACGCACCCGUGUCGGGCAGGUGA